AUGGACGAUACAAGACUAUAUCUUACGGAUGCGACUGCGCCAGCCGUUGUUCGAUCUGCCACCUCUUCAGUUAAUCUCUCCUCGCCUACCGCGUCCACGUUCUCCAAAGGGCAUUCGUCUUCUGGCUCGACUUCAUCGAUCACAUCCUCGCCGAUCCCUCAAGAAUCGCUCGACAUGUAUGCAGGACUCAAUAGGUUGGAAGAUGUGACAGAGGAGCCUCAUGAAAAAGACGAGUUUGAAGGUUACACUCUGGUCAACGACAGCAGAAUGUAUGACUUCGCAGACUAUGAAAAAGCAUUUUCAGAUCUCCAUACUGGGCCUUCUCCACCAAGCUCUCCUGUACACCUCGAAUGGACCUUGAGAGGAAACAACGAAUGGUCUUCAGCUUCUGAGGCUCCCCAGUCCCCCAAACGACGCCGAUCACUGGAACAACCUGCCCCCCCUCCCAGCACCAACCCAAAUCGCUUGAGCAGCAAACUGGGAUCUAUGAAAAGACGCUGGAGGAACAGGUCGGCGGCCGAACCGCGGCUGUCGAUCAUCACACAUCCAAACAACCCAGCUUCUCGUUCCGGCUCUCUCAACUCGUCGCAACUUCUCACUCCGGCAUCAAGUGCAAUCUCCAAGCAUGAGAGCCUCUUUCCUGCCUCUCCGGGCACAGCACUUACUAGUCAAAGCUCACUCGAGAUACCCGCCGAACCAAUUUCCGUUGAGCAUAAGCAUGAUGAAGUUGAAGAGGAGCAGCGCCUAGCUACCACGCCUUUGUUACCACCAAUUCUGCUCGAGAUGUGCAAAAAGGAAGAGCCAAUCCAGUCUCCACUGCAGUCCCCCUCCAUCGCACCCGCGUCUUCCAUCAUGAGUUGUCGCACUUCAAUGGAUAUGAACCAGUCGAGUUUACCAUCCCCGCCAUUAUCUACUAGACCGUCAAUUGUAUCCAUGCACAACCGUUCUCGCGCGAGUACAAUGGGGGGUGGCAUCAUUCCAGACGUCCCGCUUCUGCAACUUUCUGACCCUGACCCGUGGUUGAUCCGACUUGGCCAUGCCAAUUUCAAUAUUUAUCCAGAACCAUACAUGCCGGAGAGUAUUGAUCUGGACUCUUAUACGGAGUAUCGCAACAAUUGGGAUCAUGCUCGAACGAAUUAUGCCAAGCACGUUGCACGUACUGCCGAACAUUACGGCUCGACGUCAAAGGUCUUCAGACUAACCGAGGAAAAGUGGGCAUCUAUUGAUGAAGUCUGGAGGCGACAGCACGAUCUUAUGAGAACUGCGCUCGCCCCCAUCUUUGCUCGUCUCAGUGACGGCGAUUCUGAGAUGCAGGAAUCUAGUGCAUCAAGCGUGGCCCUGGAGACCCCUGCCAGCAAGGUGGUUCUUCCCAUCAUUAACGACAAGAGCGGCAAAUUCCCCGAGAUGGGUGAUAGCGAGAUCGUAGGGCCUAUGUCGGUUGCUCGUCCUCGGGCCUUGACGGUCCCCGGCCGCGGAAGUUAUUUUCACACUCCUCCUCCCUCACCACAAAGACGCAACCUAAUCAAAGUUCUUACCGACAUGUUUCACAAAUAA